GUAAAAAAAAUUCUUUUAUCAGCAAAAGAUACAAAAUCCAGCUCAUAAUGAAUUCGCAAGAUAAUAAUAGCGAUGCUGUUUACGAUACUACUGGAUUCACUAAUAAUAAUUACAAUAAUCUUCCACAAGCGACAACUACAACUGCGAAUAUUAACUGUGAUUAUUCUUGCAGCUGCAAUUCUGGAUUUUCUGGAAUGAACGACAAUAACAAUAUGUUUUCGGGCACAAGCAUUCCUUCUGACCACAAUAACUAUCAUCAACAUAUCAACACUUCAAGCAAUAGUUUACCUAAUAAUAAUAACAAUCAGCAGCCAAUUUUUAACGACGCUUCGAACGAUAACGCUAACACUCAAAAUUAUCAGCGACAGUCCAUGCCUGGUAACAUUUCGACUCCGCAAUUCAACUUGCAAUAUGAUAAUCCUCAGUCUAAUGUUUAUCAGCAACAAUCUAUGCCUGGCAACGGUUCGACCCCAAAGUUCAAUAAUCCAAAUCCGCCCCAGUCUAAUGUUGGUGUGAUUAUUAUAAAUUCCUCUCAGAUAAAUAUUAAUAAUAACAUCUAAUAAAGUUGAAAAUUAUAUGUUGAUAUUUGAAGGAAGAAAAUUAUUAUAUUAUUCAAAUUUAAAUACUUUUAUUAUCCUAUAAAAAUUUAUUCCAUGUUUUAUUAUUCCAUGUUAUUUCUGUAAAUG